AUGGCAGAAAAUGGGACUCCAUCCGAAGUUCGGUCUGGGCCGUCUCGCCUUGACAGCUCCCCUAAAGCCUCAAGGGACUCCAGUGGUACCGAGUACGAGGAUAUCACGAAGACUGGUUAUUUCUCCCACUACACUCCUUUGGCCUCAGCCCUGGCGAAUAUGAGUGUCAUUCUAUGCACCGUGGCAAUUUAUACCAGGACUCUUGCUGACUAUAUUUCUGCUAGGUUCUGGGAAGCGCUCUCGGGUAUCUGUUCGCGUACAAUCCAGCAUCCGGACUCGCAAGUGAAUCGUCUUUGCAUCACACCGGAUAAGAGGUUCUUGGCUGCCGCGGGUCACAACAAUGUCAAGCUGUUUGAUAUCAAGUCAACCAAUCCUAAUCCCGUGAUUACAUUUGAAGGUCACACAAACAACAUCACCGGCGUGGCAUUCCACUGUGAGGGGAAAUGGAUGGUCACCAGCUCCGAGGAUGGAACUGUGAAGGUCUGGGAUACUCGUACCGGCAGCUUGCAGCGAAACUACAUCCACCGGGCUGCUGUCAACGAUGUGGUCAUUCAUCCCAACCAGGGCGAGCUCAUUAGUGGUGACCACGCCGGUAUGGUCCGUGUCUGGGACUUGGGUGAGAGCGUCUGUACCCAUCAAUUGAUUCCGGAGGAGGACACUGCGGUUCUCAGUGUUAGCGUUGCCAGCGAUGGAUCGUUGCUUUGCGCUGGAAAUAAGAAGGGAAAUGUCUACUUAUGGCGCAUGGUCCAAACGGAUGAGACCACCCGUAUCAUCCCCGUCUGUACCUUCCAAGCUCAUAAGGACUACCUCACUCGUGUUCUCCUCUCUCCCGAUGUCAAGCACCUUGCAACCUGCUCCGCAGAUCAUACUGCCAAGGUCUGGAACCUCGACGCUGAAUUUCCGCCUGCCAAACUGGCAUUGAAGCAAUGGAAAGAGAAAGAGGCAUUGAACCCUCCAGUUGAAACUCCGGUCGAAGCUCCAGCAACACCUGUCGAAGCUCCCGCUCAGUCUCGGGACCUGCUCCGUAUUUUCGACGCCCCCAUCCAAGACCGUGAUCUACUCCGUAUCACCGACAAUCCUCCUCGCCAAGAGACACCGCAACAGACAUUCACCUCGUCUCCCGACGGGCCUCCUAUGGAUCCAGUCAACCACACACUGUUCCUGGAGACCACCCUCGCCAAUCACCAGCGCUGGGUCUGGGACUGUGCCUUCUCUGCAGACAGUGCAUACCUCGUAACAGUGUCCAGUGAUCACUACGCUCGUUUGUGGGAGCUUGGCACUGGCAAUAUCAUCCGCCAGUACAGCGGCCAUCAUCGAGGUGCCGUUUGUGUUGCUUUGAACGACUACUCCGAGCCUCGCUAG